GAGGGUAUAAAUAUGAAAUGAAAUUUUUCAAUUGGCACAGUAAGUUUUCAAGAAAUCUACAAAGAACGUUUUUCAAAUUUUCAAAAAUGUAUCUUUUUAAACUUGCAUUUUUAACACUGCUUGCUGGAUGUUGUCUCUCCUUGACAAGAGCACAAUUAUUUUCAUAUAAGCAAUUAGAUCAAGAUAGUUUACUAUCAUUGUGUGAAAAAAAUAAUGUAAAUUUAACAGAAUUAGAAGAGAUACAUGAGAAUGUAGAAGAUUUAUUAGCAAAAAGUAUCAAACCAACUAAAUUUCCAACACUUUCGAAACAUUGUUUAGGCGAUUCUCUAAAAAGUUAUCUUCAAAAAGAAAUGUCCAUAGUAAAAAAAUGUAUUAAUGGAACAAUUACAUUAAAUAGCCUUAGCAUUGAUUUUCUUAUUGACGAAAGUGAAAAAAAAUUGUGUUCCCUCAGUAAACUUGCCUCGUAUGAUGCAUAUCUUGGAGAAAAUUGCCUUAAUACCACUAAAUCUGAUGAAUGUGAAAUGAACAUAUUAGCGAAUACUACAAUGGAAAAUUCAAAUGAAUUUGCAAAUUUAGGAUUAGGAUAUACUGAAACUGGACGCGAAAAUUUUGAAAAACUUUUUGACUGUGUAUCAACUUCUAUAAAAACUUCUUGUGACUUAUGGCAGCGAAUGACACGUGAUCUACUAAAAAAAGAUUUUAUUGAUAAGCUUAAAGUAACAAUAACAUCAACAACAUCAACAACAGGAGCAGAAGAAACAACAGCAACAUAAAUUUAAUUAUAUAUGGUAUAUUAUCCAAAAAAAAGGAAUAUAAUUCAAUAACAGAAUUAUUAAAAAUAUGCAAUUAUUGACUUUCAAUUAAUAAAACAAUGUAACAAAUAAAAUAUGAGAAAAAUAAAAUUUCAUUUUAAAAAGUA